CUCCUUAUGGUACGUCCGUGUGUAUCAAUGUCUGUAGAUCGUCCUAGUUCCUCAACCUUAUCGCAACGUCUUCAGAUAUCGCUACGCGACGUCAACUUGACGCUUUCGGAAUUUCUGGUCGAGCAAGGAUGGCCGUUGCACACUGAGAAUGUUACUCGCUGGUAAGCUAGCUUGAUCCGGUGCCCUAACACUCGGUUGACGGUUCGAGGUUGACUCGUCUCAGGACCGCUGCCAGCCGCUCUCGCAUGCUCUAUUAUGCGGCGAAGCAAAGCCAGAUACAGUCUCUCAAGCCCGAGCAUGGCCGUAUGCUCGAGCAAUUGACGUUUUCUCAAGAGGUUGAAGCAUCAUCCCUGAUUCACGAUGCAAUGCUCGGGACCGUCCCGACAUCUUUGUCAGACGCAAUCACGCUAGCUCGUUCUGAUAUUGAUAGCCUGGAUAGUUACGGAUGGUGUCCGCUGCACUGGGCAAUCUAUCUGGCCGAUUACGCUUCGUUCGAUAUGCUGUUGUAUCGCGGGGCGAGCCCCGAGACGACUACCAGGAGAGGGUGGACACCUCUGCAUUACGCAGCGCGAUAUGAAUCUCCUGGUUCGGUGAGGAUGACUAAAGCACUACUCGACGCUGGUGCAAACAUUGAUGCCAAGGUCGACAACUAUCGUGGGUCCAGAGGAGAGACCGCAAUCAUGUUCGCAUUCGACAACCCUGAUGUUGUAGACUUACUACUGCAGAGAGGAAGUGCUUUGGUGGUUGAGACCGACACAAACUGGGUGUGCCCGCUCUCGUACAGGGCUCGCCGUACAAGUAACGUCUCCCGUUGGGAUCCGAGGAGGGCCUACUGGGACCGAUCUCUCGACUUACUCUGCAACGCCGGCAUGGAUCUUAAUGUACCGUCCAAACAGAGGGGUUUCGAAGGCAGAACACCCAUCCAUGACACGAUUCUGUGGCGCAACGCAGCGUUGUUGGAGCUCCUGAUCCAGCACGGCGCCAGACUCGAUGCCGUUGACAAGAAGGGGUCCGGAGUGCUCCACUUCGUGGCCCAGAGUGCGAAUCGGGAGCUCAUUGACAUCUUGAGAGAUGCUCGUAUCCGCGGGUUGAACCCCGAUCAAGCAAACGCGGCUGGCGAUACUCCGAUGAAGAUUAUGACAGCCAGGCUUUAUAGCAAGGAAGACUCUAGACAGCCGGGCGAGACGGUGCCGACGUUCGACGAGUGGUUGGCUUUUAAAAACAUAUUAGAAGAGAUUCGAGAACGCAAUCUCGAGGACUUCUUGUUGGGACAUAAGUGCAUGGACAUUGUUGAUGAUGUCAGCUCCAGCGGCAUUUCGAGCAGCACCAGUGACGACGUGGAUUAG